AUGAUUUCUAAAGUUUUGCUUGCUGUGCUAUGCUUGAUCGCCGUACUUUGUAUGGUUGAUGCCCAAUGGGGUUAUGGUGGCUUCGGUAGAGGAUAUUAUGGUGGAUACGGUGGACAUUAUGGAGGUUACGGGUACCGACCAUACUUCCGUCGAUCAUUCUAUGGAGCUCACUCGAAAGGUUCGUCAUUUCAGGGUACCGACCAUACUUCCGUCGAUCGUUCUAUGGAGGGUAUCCUGGUUAUGGAUACGGAGGCGGCUACGGUUAUGGUCACGGAUUUUACGGAUAACUCUUCAGUACGUGGAUUCCUAACGGACAGGCACGCCUACCUCUUGAUAUGA